AUGACCACAUCUCCAGACCCGCCCUGGGUCAUGAAGAAGGCGGUUCUUGUUUCUAUACCUGAUUCUGAAGUUGCUUGUUCUGCAAGCCUUCGUAUCUUCCAUGAUAUAAAUACUAACAAAGGAUCCAUCUCCCUCAAGAUUAGAGCGGAUCUCGCUAACCUGAGGGGCACAUUACAGGACCUGACAUUGAGUAUCCUUCCAAAAAGAGUCGAAGAAUGUGCGUUAUCCUUGACAAACAACGACGGCCUCUGUUCUCCUCGAUUGGUUUCCAUGCUCCGGGCGUCUGUGCAAGAUAUUCGGGCCGUCUCAACACUGAGUCUGACACUCGGUACGACCGGCAUUGUUCUUUGUCCACGUGGGAUGGAGUAUUUAAGCCCAGCCAAUCCAAAAGACAUGAAUUUUUACGCCUUUGCAGAGAUCUGUCAAUCCAAAUCUCUACGUCUACACUUUUCUAAUCGACAAUUUGUGGACGACCAACCUGAUCGGUUGAAGACUUUCUCCUUAGCCCUGAACAGAAAAAAUUUUGAGGCAGAGUCUUUUAAACGCCCUCUCUCUGGCGUGGACGAGCGGGAUUGGACUGUCUUUAGUCUGUCACCCGAUCCACCCCCACAUUAUGAGGAGCCUGUGCCCGAGCAGGUGAAGCAAGUGGAUCCACCCUUAUAUUCUGAGGAAUCUGAGUCCAAGCAGGUGAUUGGAAAACGGUACAGAGACCAGUGGACAAUGUCACCCGAUGAUAAUAGAAGACGAAAACGACUGCUCCUCUCAUCCCCACAACCGCCAGGCUCUGCCGCCGAAGUUGAUACACCAAGUACUUGCUCCCCGUCACCGUCAUCAAUCCGCCCAACUUACUUUACGCGUGCUUUCUCUCCUGGCCGCGCAGACCGUAACAUACUUGCACGUCUCGAACAUGAGCUCCGUGGUGUUUCCGAUGACCUAAUCUGUAAAUUAUUAAUUCGAACAGGGCGCCGACAUCUGCUGGCCCACCCAGAAGAAGUAGACAGUGACCUGCCAUCCAACUCUAAAAAAGUCAGCUUUGCCAAGGUCGAACGGAUUGAACGCCCGCUCAAACAAUAUAUCGACGAGAUGAUUGAGCGCCGCCUCACACCUGUUGUCAACGAGAUCGUCGAUAGUGCUGUGAGCGACGGUCGUGAUCAGAUCUCCGACGGAUGUAAAAUAAACGAAGUCGAAUUUCGCGAGCAGGUCGACGAUGGUAACUCCGAGGUACGCAUGACGGCCAAUGAAUGUAUGAAGGAAAUACAGGAACAAGCACAAUGGUAUAUGGAUGAAAUAGAAGAACAAGCGCAAAAGCGCAUGGAUGAUAUCGAGAAUCAGAGAAUCGAGGUUGAGAUGUCUAUGGAGAAAAAAGUUGCAAAGUUCGAGCGCUGGUUCAAUGCUUCUGCACCGUCCUUACUUGAUGGCAAGUCAAGCCCUACCCAUGAGCUGGGCACUGAUGCCAGACGCAGUUCCAUUUAG